AAACAAAAACAAACAAACAAAAAACAAACAAAAAAGCCUGGGCUCAGGGCGAAGAUCUGGUUACCUUCUCAAAGCUAUGGCGUCAGGGCAGCACGUCAGAAGCCAGAGCGGGAUGCAGAUGUGCAGUCGCCGCUUCUGAUGACGCAAUCGCCGCCCUGGGGCGGGAGGGGCGCCGGCGAGGCUGGUCUGCACCUGAAGUCGGGCCUAGGUGGACGCCGCGCGCCCGAAGCGAGCGCUCGGGACGGGAGCCAAUCGGCAGCGGCGCGGGCGACGGAAGUGAGGCCGGCUCUGCCCUGGUGAUCAAACUCGGAGGACCCGCCAGCGGCCCUGUCGUCAUUAGUCGUCAUUAUUCUGCGCCGGAAGACCCUAUCUUCGGGAUCCCUUGCCCGGAACCGUGAAAUCCCGGGCUAUGAAUCGCAAGAGACAACUCCUAGCGUCCGAGGCCUUUGGAGUGAAGCGGCGGCGGGCGCCGGGGCCCGUGAGAGCGGAUCCUCUGAGGGCGGGCGCAGGGUCCGCGCGCGAGGCGGUCCAGGAGCUGGUCCAGCUGUUCCCCCGGCGGCUGUUCGAGGACGCGCUGCCGCCCAUCGCGCUGAGGAGCCAAGUGUACAGUCUCCUGCCGGACAGGACGGUGGCCGACCUGCAGCUGAAGGAGCUUCAAGAGCGGGGAGAGAUCAAGGUCAUCCAGCUAGGCUUUGACUUGGACGCUCAUGGAAUUAUCUUCACUGAAGACUACAGGACCAGAGUCCUCAAGGCCUGCGAUGGCCGGCCAUGUGCCGGGGCAGUGCAGAAGUUCCUGGCCUCGGUGCUCCCAGCCUGUGCGGACCUUAGUUUCCAGCAGGACCAGAUGACACAGACGUAUGGCUUCAGGGAUCCGGAGAUCACGCACCUGGUGAAUGCUGGAGUCCUCACCGUCCGAGAUGCUGGCAGCUGGUGGCUGGCUGUGCCUGGAGCUGGGAGAUUCAUUAAGUGCUUUGUUAAAGGGCGCCAGGCUGUACUCAGCAUGGUACGAAAGGCCAAGUACCGGGAGCUUCUCCUGUCGGAGCUCCUGGGCCGUAGACCCCCUUCAGCAGUGCGGCUCGGCCUUGCCUACCAUGUGCACGACCUCAUUGGAGCCCAGCUGGUGGACUGUGUUCCCACCAGUUCUGGAACCCUCCUUCGCCUGCCGGAUACGUGAGGAGUCGGCUCUUGGACUCUUCAGCUCACUGAGUGGGGUUCCUGGAAGCGCUGCCCCGGGGUGGCUGAGCAGGUCACCAGGAUGGGCGCCAGGCUCCGCUGCUGCAAGCUGGGACUCCGACCUGAACUGGGCUGUGUGCGCAGCAGCUCUGUGCGUCCGUGGCUGGGGAGCCAGGAGCCGUGCCAAGGGGAUACUGGUGAAGGGAGCAGGAAGCUCUGCCUCCGCGUCCGGUUGAAAUUGCCAAAUAAAAUAGUGUGCUGUCUUCUUGGUCUCCCUUGUCUAGUGUGACAUGUGUGCAGGUGUCUCUGUGGACAGGGUGAAGCCAGUUAGGGCUGAACGUUUUGUCAUAGUUCAGAGAGAGAACAGUUGUCCUUGUGGGGGUGAGGGUGUGUAGAGAGCCGCGUGUAGCUGCACCCUAAAGAUG